CUCCUGCGGCCCACACUCCAGUACAGUAGUCGGCGGUAACGCAUCGUCAUUUUGGAUGCCAACCGUCGAUAAACCCCACCGGAGAAGGAGAAGAGACUCCUCCUUGUCUUCGUUUAUUUUUGUUGUGAGAAUGUUUGUCUGCUAGCAAGCAUUUCUGUUAAUUGAACGUGGUCCAUCACUUAUUGCCCGAACUCACUCAGAUCUACUUAGGUGAAGGAGAGGGGGUGGAAAUGUCAAGCUAACCAGCAUGGUAACUACCUAAAGUCCUAUUUUUACUAGCCAGCUAUCGUUAAACUUACAAUUUACUAGUAAUAAUAUAUAUUUUUAUCCCAAUCAUGAGUGAAGAGGAGAGUAACACGUCAGCGGGUAACAACAAUAAGGACUCGAGCAUUAUCCUCAACAAAGACGGACAGACGUACUACGUUGACAAGAGCGGUGUUGUCGACAGUAGAAAUGUAAUCACACGUCAAGAGUCGGACAACAACAUGUUCUCCUAUGAUAUGGAUGAUGCCGAAGAGGAGAGCGAUGUUUUGGACACGUCGGACCCGCGGGAUAACGCUGCGAGUCCCGAAGAACCCAACGACGAAGACGAUGAUGAUGAAGAAGGCUACGGGGAUAGCGAUAACAUUUCAAAGACUUGUACAUACGACGGGUGCACGGAAACUACGACUCAGGUAGCCAAGCAGCGGAAGCCGUGGAUGUGUAAAAAACACCGCAACAAGAUGUACAAAGACAAAUACAAGAGGAAGAAGAGCGACCAGGCUAUGUCCACUAGCAAACAAGAUGAGAGCUUGGAGGAGAGGCCUGUAUCUGUGAACAAGCAGCGUCUUGGUACCGUGGGGGACCGGCCGGCCAGACCCUCCCUCAUCGAACAGGUGCUCAACCAGAAGAGACUGUCUUUGCUGAGGAGUCCUGAGGUGAUCAUGUUUUUACAGCAGCAGCAGCGUCUCCUGGCCACCCAGAGCCUCAGCCAAUCACAGCCUCACUUCCAGGGCUGCUAACGGCAACAGCGGGAGGAGCCAGCUUCUCUGGGUGUUCUGGAACUAUUUCCCUGAUUCCAUCUCUGAUUCUGACAGGAGAAGGACCAUAGAGAUCCUAUUCAAUUCCUAAUUCUGUGAGAAGGAUUGACUCAUUGGAAAUAGAAUACUAGAAUGGCCAUGGACCUUCUUAUGAUGAGAUAAAGAUCAGCCAUGUUGGUCAGGGAGUGUUGUGAUAAGAUGUUGUAUAAAACAAUGACUUUGAAGAAUGUAUCUGCACUGUAUGUUUGUUAGCCAGUACGUUAGAGAGGAAUGAUUAAAUAAAUGUUUUUAAUGAACUACCCAAAAUGCCCAACAUUAUAUUCAAACAAUGCAGUCAAUCUACAGCCAGACGCUGGCUGAAAUCAGUUGAUGAUCGGAUUUAGACAAGUUGUAAAUGCUAACAAGUACUGAAAUUCACUCACAACUUUCCAAUAUAUUUUUUUUGGACAUUUAUGGUCUGUUGAAAUAUAUUUUAGAGGUUGUUUUAUACAGAACAUGUGUAUAAACUGUAUUUAUAACUAUAUGACAAUAGUUGAUAUAUCACAUAUUUUAUUUUCCUACAUAAGUCAAAUCAGGAAAUGCGUCACCUAUGCCUCUACUGCUAUUCAUUCCAAUUAGACUGGUUUUGUAUUUCUCCCUGACCAAAAUGGCUGCCAUUUCAUUCUAUUCUGGAACCUUGAGGGAUUAUAACAUAGCCCCUCUAGUCAUUGAAUAGGAUCUCCGUGGUCCUUAGGAACUGUACUAUAAUCAUCAAUGACCGAGCUUCCAUGAUCAAUCAAUAAAUAAUUUAUACCAUA